GAAAUCCACAAGAACCACCUUCUCCACCUUCCAGAAUCUCACCCGGUUCAUCUGAUUCAGUGAUUCCGCGCAAUAACCGCCAUGCACGUACAUUUUGAGAUGGCCAGGUUUUGAUCACCAAGAGUUCACGGCGCAAACAAACUUAUACAAAACACCCUUUCAUUACCCACCCUGAUUUGCAUAUAAGAUGUAAUGUACGCGCCUUGAAAAUGGCCAACCUGGUGGAAUUUCCGUUCUUAUUCCUAUAGCCAUACUCCAAUCUUCAUUUUCUUGCUCUGGUUUAGCCCUCUUCUUUCUUUUUUUUUCUUCAAAAACAAAUAUAUUCAUUCUUUAACUAACAGUCAUUAUGCUUUUUAAAUCACUUGUUGUCCUUGGAGGAGCAGCUUUGGCAGCAGCCAAAGUGCAAUUUAUGGUCAAUUUUCUCCUGAAUUAACCCAUUUGCUAAAUUCUAACAAUUUUCCAGGGAAUGAAUAUUGCAGGCUUCGAAUUUGGAUGUUUAAUCGAUGGAACCUGUCCAACUGGAUCGGUCGUUCCACCCGAUGAAGGUGCCGCGCAAAUGCAACAUUUCGUGAAGGACGAUCAAUUGAACAUUUUCCGACUUCGUAGGUCUGACCUGAUUGCGCAUUUCAACCAUUAUUAACCAGGGAAUAGCUGUAUCAUGGCAAUUUUUGGUCAAUAAUCAACUCGGAGGAACCCUCGAUUCAAACAACUUUGGAGAAUACGAUAAACUUAUGCAAGAUUGCCUUGCCACAGGCUCAUACUGUGCUAUAGAUAUACACAACUUUGCACGAUGGAAUGGAAAGAUAAUUGGACAAGCUGGUGGACCAACUGAUGAUCAAUUUGCCGACCUUUGGAAACAAUUGGCAACGAAAUACAAUUCCAACACCAAGGUUAUCUUUGGGUUGAUGAACGAGCCACACAAUGUCGAUAUGACUGCUUGGGCAGCGUCUUGUCAAGCCGCAGUCACCGCUAUUCGUAAUGCAGGCGCAACUUCUCAAAUGAUCCUCUUGCCCGGAAACAACUUUACAUCUGCUGCGACUUUCGUUAGUGGGGGUAGUGGUGACGCUUUGCUCACAGUCAAGAACCCAGAUGGAACCACGACUGGUUUAUUGAUGGACAUUCAUAAAUAUCUCGAUUUCGAUAAUUCUGGAAAUCAUCAAGAUUGUACCACCGACAACAAAGAGGCCUUUGCAAGUGUUGCUCAAUUCUUGAGAGAAAAUGGUCGACAAGCUAUGGUCAGCGAGACAGGCGCAGGGAGCACCGAUUCUGUACGUAUAUCCUAUGGCUAUUGUGCUAUACUAACCUCUUUGAAAGUGUCAAACAGCUUUCUGUGCCCAAAAUGCAUUCAUUAAUCAAAAUUCGGAUGUGUUUAUGGGUAUCAUUGCCUGGGCAGCCGGUAGCUUUGCCACUUCAUACACCCUAAGCUUGACGCCAAAGAAGCAAAACGGAAAAUUUGUUAAUGACAAACUUGCAGCCGAAUGCGUGGUAGCGGUCUGGGUUAAUGCUCCAGCCGUUACCACGCCAGCUCCAAUCAUUCCUGUAGCACCCGUCGUAGCUCCUGUUCCAGCACCUAAUACUGCACCACCCCUAGGACCUACUUUGGCACCGCCAGCGAUAGCAACACCCAUUGCCGCACCCGUAAAUUCUCCUGCCUCAAACCCACCACCCGCGGUAGUAAAACCAUCAGGAACCCCUCCCGUUAAGCCUGGGAAUGGAUCUCCAAUCGUAGCCACUCCGCCAUCAGAAGAACCAACUCUCAUGCCAGUCAGCCGUAUCCAACCUACGGUGCAUCCGUCUUUUACUUCGUCUGUCGCUCCUUUGAGUACCGGCUCGCUUUCGUCUCCACCGACGAGCAAUGCUUCCAGCCCGACUUCUGGAAAUAGCACCCCAUCUGCGACGCAAAAUUCAAAUGGAUUGUUGUCAAGUGUGUUUAGUAGUAGCCUAUUUAUUGGUAUGAGUGGUUUUUUGGGUGUUUUGUUAGUAUGAUAGAUAAUGUUUUGUCUUAUAUAUGAGUUUGAAGAGUUGCUUGAUGCAUUUAUAUACCCC